GCGAUGGCCAGCAUCACGUAUAAAAGGAUGAAGAUGCUCCCGCACCUCGUACUGAGCGUCUGGUGCGCUUGCGAAACACUACAACAACUAAAACAUGAGAUUCUACGCUUCCCUCGUUACCCUCGCCAUGUUGGUGGUCGCCGCCUCCGCUGGCUACAUCAAGAGCGGAUGGUCGAGUCCAGGAUACAGCUCGGGCUACGGCGGCUUUUCCGGAGGAUAUCAUAGCGGUCUGGGCUAUGGUGGUCAUGGAUACGGUGGUCAUGGAUACAGUGGUCUGGGCUAUGGCGGUCACGGGUAUAGCGGUCACGGGUAUGGCGGUCACGGCUACAGUGGUCACGGCUAUGGCGGUCACGGUUUCGGUGGGCAUGGCUACAGUGGUGGUCAUGGAUGGAACAAAGCUAGGAGCUACUGGUAAAUUCUUGGAUUCAUCACACCUUUAAUACAGUAUUCGCAGUAACUCAAUGUAUACAUGCACGAGUUUUUGGUAAUAAUCUGUCUGCGACAUUAUAAAUAUUCACAUAGUUUUGUUGCUAGAAUUCAUAUCAAAACGAGAAUCUUGUUUUUAUUUCUUUUUUUUUUUUUUCAAAAAUUCUCAAAUGCAUUAUUAACAUCCAAAUACACUUUGUACCGACCGGACAAUGGAAAAUUAUAUUAAUUGGUUCAAGUACCUGAUUAAAUUAAUUGUUUUAUUGAA